CAUUUAACUAUUGUAGUAUUUGACUCGUGGGGAAAAUUUCAAUCAGGUUUAUUCGAAAGAAAUGUUGUCAAUGUUGGAUCAUUCACCGAAUGCAUAGAAUUCCGUCAUAGAACAGAACCAAAUAAUGGAAUUAUUCAAGGUCAAUACUGUCUUGUUGGCUUUAAAGCAUUGAAUUCUUCGUACCAUAAAAACAGCUCGAGUGUUUUUGAUUGGCGGGAAAUUGGAGAUUUUGUUGGAAAGCAAAAUCUUUCAAUCAUCACUGGAUUUUGCUUGCCUGCGUCAUGUUCGGAAAAAAAGGUUGUUCAAUUUCUAAAUGAAUUUUUACCAACAACAAAUUUAAAUGCUACAAAAGCUCAAUGUCAGACCAAUGAUCCCAAACCUACCACAUCAUUAGAUGUGUUUGCCAAAUCAUUUUUUAAUUUUUACGGAGUUAUUUUAAUUGCAAGCACAAUCUAUGACGUUCUCAAAAGAAAAAGAAAUCAAGAUCCGAAUGCACUUUUGGCAGCAUUUUCAAUUUACACAAAUGGCAAACAACUUUUCAACACAUCUGAAGAUAACAUGAAAUCGUUGUCAGGAAUUAGAUUUUUCUCUCUUCUAUGGAUCAUUUUCGGACAUCGAGUAUUUUUUCAAAUGCAAUUUCCCAUUUCGAACUUUCCACAACUUAUACGAGAAUCAGAUAUGUCAGUAACAAUUUUCACUUCAUUCAAUUUAGCUGUUGAUACAUUUUUCGUCAUGGGAGCUCUUCUCGCUACAAUGUCUUGUUUAUCAGCAUUUGAUUGUCAAAAGUUUAGUGCUCGUCGAAUGAUUUUACACAGAUACAUAAGAUAUACGCCAUGCGUGACUGCAUUACUCUUGUAUGUCCUUUCCAUUUGGAAGUUUCAAUUCGAAGGUCCAUUCAGUAAUGACGAUAGUAUAGUUGCAUGUCAGAAUUAUUGGUGGUCAACAUUACUCCACAUUCAGAACUACGUGAAUGGACAUCAGCUUUGUCUUGGCAUAUCCUGGUAUCUUUCAGCUGAUUUUCAACUCUACUUAUUGCCCCCAGCCAUUAUUUACCCAGCUUGGCGAUGGGGUUGGAAGCAUCUAUGGAUUCCUGUUCUUCUUGCAAUUUUCUGUUGUGCUUACAUUUUCGGAAUGUUUUUUGUAACACGCGACCCAGGUUUGGACUUUAUUGCAGUUUAUCUACCAACUCAUGCGCGUAUGGGGCCAUGGAUGGUUGGAAUCAUCUUAGGCUUCAUAAUCCAUCGAUAUCGUGGGAAAAAUUUGAAGUUUGGAAGAUGGACUAACAUCAUCGGUUGGUUUGCAGCACUUUUAACUAUAACGGCGAUAUUGAUUGCAGGAGUUAUUCCAAUAAAUAGUAAAGUAGUCGACGCUUCGUUGCUUGCAUUCCGCCGUUUAGCUUGGGCAAUUGCCUUAGCUUGGAUUAUUUUUGCAUGUCAAAUUUUGAAAACAGGAGGAAUAAUUCGGUGGCUUCUUUCUUUACGUCAAUGGCAACCGAUUGCAAGAAUGUCACUAAGCAUUUUCUUAUAUCAUACUUUAUAUCAAGCCACGUUGUUGUUCAAUAGCAAGGAUGUUGUGACUUUGGAGGAACCGUUCAUACGUCAAAAUGUCAAUGGCGAUAUUUUAGGUUCAUUUAUGGGCGGUGUAGUAUUGUAUCUUUCAUUUGAACGACCCUUUCAACUUAUUGAAAAGUAUUUUUACAACUUACGCAAUAAUAAGAAGGUUGAUGCAAAUGCAACGAGUGAGUAAAACGAAAGAUCAACUUAAUCAAUUCAAGAAAGUGAAUUUUGUAAUUUUUUCUAUUUUAAUUUAUUAUAUUGUGUGAAAUAUUUCUGAAAUAUCUAAUAAAAAUCUUAAGAAAG